CAAAUGUCACUUGUCAAAUUUUUCUAACUUUGGAAAACACCGACCAAUGUGUUUCAAACCCAUUCGUUUGUUGACACUCUAGAGCAAAAAUAAUUCAUUUUUUAAAAUGUUCAAUAGAAUUCGUGGAAUGUCGAGGCUGUUAUCAUCUCAGUUGAAAUCAUAUCCCCUUCGACAAGCGAGCAAUUUAUUUGAACCAGACUAUUUAGAUGCUUUAAAACCAAAGCAUCCCGUAUAUCCGUGUGUUGAUUUCAAAGUAACCGGCUAUGACUUUGCUGUAUUGGAAUCGUUCCAGAGAUUUUUGCAUCGGACAGCUGAUUCAUUAGAUUUGGAUGUUUCGGAAUGUUGGGCUAUACCGCCAAAGCAUAUGCAUAUAACAAAACUCAAGACGAAAUCAACAACUGUCGAAGGACAGUUUGACUUGAAAGUUUACGAGAGAAAUGUGCAGGUAUACAAUUUACCGGCGCAUUUUUUCCCAGUUUAUUUGCGUCUAGUGCAGGCAGCACUUCCCGAAGGGGUAACACUCAAUGUAGUCGAACAUCAGCCGGAUCAUGAUGAAAUUCGAUAUGUACCUGACACCGAAUUGAAAGAACUGCAAAAUGAAUUAGAAGAAUUGGGCGGUGCUCGGAAACUUAAGAAAAAGAAGAAAUAAACAGCCUUCGUUUAUUUAGUUUUAGAUGUUGUGUUAACAAAAGAGAAAAUAAAUUUUUCAUUCAUUUAUUUA